UAUAUCUUAUGUGUCAAUAAAAUGAUGUACAUUUGCAAAUCUAUACCCAAGGAUAGUAAACAGUAUAUAGAUUCCGUUUUGCAUUGAUCCUGAUCAAAUAUUUAGCUAUUCUGACUUCAAUGUCCGUUAUUACAUAUUCGGGCCCAUCCUGUAGUUAAUAAUACGUUUAAAAUGAAGUUAAGAAUAUUUCCGGAGGAAGAUUAUCAGAGCGUGGUUAAUAUAUUUAACAAAUGCACAAAUAUUAGCUUUAAUUUAUAAUCAGUUCAAAAAAAAAGGAGAGAUCGGCGGGCCAAUGGCAGUCUGAAAGCCCAUUGAGAGCCAUUAAUACGGCUUUAAGUUUAAAGACUUGAAUGUUAAUAAGCUGGUACUUGGCGACUGAACUUCUCUGCAUAAAAUGAAUUUUCGCGUCAGGGCUGAGUCAUCAAAGUUUGGCAAACAAAAAAAAAGAUCUGUGGUAUAUACAAGCGGUUGGCCACACAGUGCUUUGCCUUCACCAUAAUAUGUCCUGCGAUUUGACUUUGAAUUAGCUAAAUCCAACCGCGUCUAGUUUUUUUGUUGUUGUUGCUAGAGGCAUAACAAAGUUAAACAUUUUGAGUUUUUGAGGAAGAGUGAAUUUCAAAAGAUGUGUGGAAAAGUUGGAUGGUUCUAUCGGGGUAUUUCAGUAUUCCUCCAUUCUUCACGACGUUAAGUGUUGUCUUUAUUUGAGUAUUUCGCUGUGAACAAGAAAGAGAUUUCGAAGUUUUCACUCUGAAUUUAUUUUCUCAAUAUCUUCCCGGAUUCCAAUAACUUCAUUUGGUGGCAUUCAUCCUCACCGAAAGAGCAGAUAGGAACGAUGAGAAGAGAGGACGCGACUUUAAAUUAACCACUCUUAACAAUUGAUACAUGUAUUUAAAUCACUUCACAUAAUUCGCUGAUUCGCCGUGGAUCCGGCUGCCCUCUGUCCAGACUUCCUAUACAUGUAAAAUAGCCUUGUUAGGGAAUUAAAACGCAAACCCCUGUGAUUCAGAGUAUUAUGUCGUUAAUGCAUGGGUCAGCCUCAAAAUAAAUAAAAUCGGAACAAAAGGAUCUUAUGAACAACGAGUUAUCAUUAAAUUAAUCGAGUCCAGUACGAAUGUUGGCCAAAUUUAAAUAUGAUGGAGAACUACAAAGUCUUGACUUGUCAAUUAUUAGGAAGUACACUUUCACCACAAACCCUCCCGUGUAAAGUUUUGAACAUAUUGAACUCACAUGCGUUUUGGCCACCAGCACUGGUGUCUCAGACGAAUAUUCGUAAUUCAAAAUUAGGUUUCCAACCCCGCCAGAGUCGCUGGUUUGCGUUGCCCAUCACAACACAAGGAAACGUGCGAGAAUUGUGUGGCAGGGUAAUUGGGUUUAAAGCUACUUUCUGUUAUCGGUUUAAGAUAAUAACAGCAAUAAUAAGACUGCCGAUUAUGAGCCCUGGUGUGAGAAUUUGUCACAUGAGAUAAGAUUAAUUAACAGGCAAAGUAGUCCCUCUGAAAACUAUUAGUUUUUAAUUUAAUCCAGCGCUGCAUUGUUACCGAUUUUGUACUAUAUAUGUUUAUACGCAUUAGUGUUCCUUGUUUAAAACACGAUUUCACCUCUAAACGUAUAUAAUACAAGGGGCCAUGUUAAUUGUUUAACCCCCAUUGCGGAUUGAUUUACGCUUUAUUGUCGCUUUGUCAGCCUCAUGAAAACUUUAACCAAUCAUUUCGCAGAUAGCCCACAACAUAUUAGCUAACUCUACUUUGUUAGUUGAGAAGUUGAGGGAACAAUUUCUAGCCUUACAUAUAAUUUCCCAAUGAAUCGCCGUGUAUGGUGUUUAACAAUGACGAUGUCCGGUGCUAUUAGUAACUAUUUUGUCGAUUCGCUUAUAAGUCAUGAUAACGAAGGGACUGCUGCAACAAAGUUAACUUCGGGCCAAUACAUAUUCUCCAGACAGCCUGGUCUUAGCGAACAUUCCGACUUCCCCGCUUGUAAUUUUCAGACGAAAUCUUCGGUGUUCGGCACCUCUUGGACACCGGUGUACCCUCAGCCUCCCGCCAAUGUGUCCACGUUAUACCAUCCAUAUGUCCAACCUCACCCCAUCCCGUCCGAAAGCAGGUAUAUGCGAUCCUGGCUGGAGCCAACCCCCAGAGCCGUGGCCGUCGCCGGGAUAGCUACCAGUGGUCACGACUCAUUGAAAACGGAGCCCCUCGCGGGUCACGGCGUCCAAACCUUACCAGCGGCGCUACAAAAGUUGCACGGGGAAUCCUUGGAGAGUGAAAUCAUGAGGUCCGGGAAAGCGCCAUGCUAUGAGGACAGCUUAUAUGAAGAGAAAGGAGACAAAGAGGCGUCAUUACAAAGCAACCCUUCGGCAAAUUGGUUACAUGCUCGCUCGACCAGGAAGAAAAGGUGUCCUUACAGCAAGUACCAGACCUUGGAGUUGGAGAAAGAAUUUCUGUUCAACAUGUACCUCACCCGGGAGCGGAGACACGAGGUGGCUCGCCUUCUCAACCUGACGGAGAGACAAGUCAAAAUCUGGUUUCAAAACAGAAGGAUGAAGAUGAAAAGACUGAACAAGGAGCAUGCGAAGGACUUCAAGUGACGAGUUGAAACUUCUUUUGGAACUUUAGCGCGCCGGAGAUUAUUGGCCCCACUGCACAUAGCCGUAAACCAGAGUAAUUCAGAGAAAAAAAAAAAUCACCGCAAAGAAUAGCCUGAAUGGAAGGUAUUAACAACCCAGCAAUUCGGCUAUUUAUUUCCAACAUUUUAGAGCAUUCAUUCAGGGAAUAGAGUCACGUGUAGAGACUUUUAUGACAGGAUAUUAUGAGAUACAACUUCCUCUCAUUCACAACCCCUUCUAUUAGCCAGAGAGAGAGAGAGAGAGAGAGAGAGAGAGAGCAGCGAGCUUUUAUUCCUACUCAGUCCUCUUGGCGGUUUAAAAAUAAAUUUCAGGUUAUAUAUAAAUUAUUACAAUUUCUGUAAAUCUUUUAGGGACGGUCUGUGUGGCGGAUCUCGCUGCAGAUCCACGUUUUAGAGAGAAAAUGAUCUUUAACCUACGAUUAUAUAUAUUGUAACCUUUUCCGUUCGAACUGAUUUAACACGACUUACUAUCAAUUGUUUACAGGCAAAGGUGAAUUUUUAAUAACACGUUGUUAAACGCGUCACACUGCGAUUGUUUCACGCGACUCCCCUAGUCAUUUUGAUUUUGGGGGCAUGCUUUCUUCCACAGAAUUGUGAUUACUAUUUAAACCGAAUGAUAGUGUACAUUAUGAUGUCUCUUUCUGUAGACUCUAGUUUGUGUGUUUUUUUGGGGUGAGUUUGGGGCCUGUCUUCUUAAUUUUGGGUUUAAAACGCAUAACCGCGCACCCAAAAUUGAAACGAGCAGUUGUCACGUUUCGUUGACUAUAAUCUUGGUUGAGUGUUUUUUUGUGUAUCUCUCUGGGCAACUAUUAUCACCACGUGGAUUUUUUUUUAAAAAGAUAAGGGCUUAAUACUUAGGAAACAGGACAAGUAGGGUCGAGACCAAAAUUUAACAAUGCACACGAUAGGAUUUCAUAACAUUAUGAAAACACAUAAAGUAGGAAUAAUCUGACGAAGUUACCCAGAUGACCAUUACCCACCAGCACGCAAGAAAGGAAAUCAACAAAUAGAUCAUUUAAAAAAAGAGAUACACUUUAGUAAAAAAACAAAACACAUUCCUGAGGGGAAUUUGUAAAUAUUUCUGCGUAUUUUUAUGUCUGUCCGGUUGGAGCUGGUGUUUAUACUCCGAAUUUUAUAGGUUUGUGCCGAUUUUACAUUUAAAGUAAUCAAAUCAACUGAAUGGCACAAACACACCGAAUCUGGGUGGCUUCUACUAGUUUUUGUUUCUCUACCGGAACUGUACAACAGCAGCAGCGCGCGGUUGCACUAUUUAACGUGAUUUUAUAUUAUUAAUCAUAGACAAACUAAGAAUUGAAAUCCACUGAAUGAUGUAAAAAACAAUUGAACUCGCCGUUCUCGGUGAACCUAACACCACAAUCAAUAGAUGGGAAUAUCUGAAUGUAUGACCAACAUACUGCAAAAUAAAUGCUGCUGAUAAAAUGAAAAGUGCAUGUUUCCUCAUGACCUUGCGUCUCCUUUCUAGGCCUUGCUGUUGGUUGUAAACACGAUCAAGUCCCUGGGCCUAGCGCAGACCCACUACCACAGCUAAAAUGUUUAUAUUUAUUCAAUGCGUUUGGAAAAAUAAAUGACAACCGGAAAUGGAAGGCUACAUUUGGAACGAAGAAACUGAUCCCAAUUUCUCCAAAUCUCAACGGGAUUAAAUAUUGAUUCCCUGAACCAUGAGAAAAGAGUUGCAGACAACGUCAGCAUUCGCUGCCGCAGUUUGAGACACACAGAGUCUUUCAGUAAUUUUAUGAUGCGAUUCCUGAGCUUUUUUCCCCCAAUAAAUUCUCCAUCACAGCGGACACAAUAGGGAAGGGUCAUUUCAAUAGCACAGGGCAGAGAAUGUAUGCGGCUACCGGGAAGAAGCGGAAUAAAAACGUUCCUUUAAACAAUGCUACCUCAACAUGCUUCAGCUGCACUAAGGAACUUUAUCCGGAGUCGAUGGCAAAAGAGGUCGAAAGCUUUUAGUGCAAAAUUAAAUUAAAAUGCCGAGACUUUGGGUUACUUCCCAUAUCAUUUUAUUGAUAGGGAGGCGUCUGGAAAAUUCACUAUUUGGUAGUGAAUUUUUGACCGGUUAAUUAACGGAAGUACAGACAACAAUAUUAACCGCAUUUACAUGUCGCAUUCUUUAUGCGCCUUACUGUCUAAUUGACACCAUAAACUAUGAAACUUCAUCACUUAUCUCACGCUGAAUGUUAAGCAUCUUCGGUACUGGAAUAAAAUUAAAGGCUGACGGAUUCAAAUGUAAAAUAACACAUAUUUAUAUGUAAGGCAUUCUCUGAGAAUUGACAUAACUAUUGGGAUUAAAAUAUCAUUAUCCGAGCCUUGCAGAUUGAGUUGUAAGGUUUACAGAGAUGGUUUCCUGCUCAGUAAUGUCUCGUCAACCCCCACCUAUACAAUUUAAAUUUCGGAAUUAAAGGGAUGUCAUUUCAACACUAUUUGCUCUGUAUCGAGAAUUUUAGGCAGCUUUUUAAAAUAUAUUUACCAGGUUCGAGUAAAUUAUAUGAAGAACCUUUUUGUUCAGUCAAUGCAUAUUUCACCAACACGACUGGUUGACUAUAGGUUAAUGCAGACACACAUACAGACAUUGAAAACGAAUGUAUACAUUCUGGUAUACAUAUAAAACAUGUUUUAUUGUAUAAAAGGUGAGGUUGGUCUGGUGGACUCUAUAAACCGCUUCGAGAAAUUGACAAAGUUCGCGCUGUCUCUUACAUCUAUAUAUUUAUUAACCAAUCGCAAAAUUAAGUCACGAACGAAAAUAUUUCAGAAUAGUUGCUAAAUUACUCUGUAAUAUUCGCCAUGUAUGUCUGGACCUAAACAUAAAUGGGGAUAUUCUACUGAUAGACAUUGAACACUGAAAAUGGUGCACAGUACUCAAAGUGCCUUUGCACAACCACAUGCCAACAAAAAAAAUAAUCUGAUCAUACGACAUAUAAUGAAAUUCGGAGAUCAAUUCCAUCGUGUGUUCAGGCUGGGUGACAUUUCUGGUUGAUAAUACUUGCAAAACCUCAUUGUUGGUAACGAAACCAUCUAUAAUUAAAUGGGAUGGAAGAGGGUUCACCACCUUAAAAGCUUCAGGAUAUUUCAUUGGAAAGGCUAUGCAUGUGUCAAGGGGAUAUUAAAAAUUAAAUCUACGAUUCGAUAUUUUAUAAUACCCCCGUAUUAGGGAAAGUGGUUAUGCGAGCGCUGGAAACAGAUUCCACUAAGACUAGAUGGAAAUAAUUACAGGACCAGCAUGUCGUAUAUUACCACUAAUAUAUCAGUUGUUUCUCUUUCAAUAUUAUUUUUCUCCAACGCAGGAAACACAAGCACAUUAAAAAUAAAAGACCAGAAAUGAGUCUUGCACGGUGGUGCUUGGUGGAGGAGGGGUUGGGAAGUUGUCUGUCAUUAUAGGAAAUUCAGUGUGUGUGUUGCCAUAAAAUAAUAUGGCCGCUGUAAAAGUUUAUAGGGUAUAAAUUUCUGAAGGUUAAGAAUUGAACGUCUGUUAAACAAACACAGCAAAGGGGAAUCUUUCAGAAGCCAUUAAAAUUAAAUUCACGAUUGGAGGCGGCAAGUGAUAAAAAUGAGAUGUUAUUUCUAGGGGCAAAUAUCGAAGAAUUGUAUUUCAAGGAUGAAUCCAGCUGAAUAUUGCAGUGAAGCCAACAUGCUUUUUUAGACCCUAAAGCCAGCGACGCCCUCUUUUGUUCGACUUCCUAACCAUUCCAAGCUGCCAGAAAUUACUGCAAUAAAAAAAGCUACCCAGAUUCUGGCGAGACGUCUGGUGCACAAUCUCUGGUUUGUGUUUACAGCCCGCGCCCAAGUAUCUUCAAGUAAAAUGCCCAAUUGUUUACUCUUGGAGGUGGAGACGAAUCAGACCUCAAAGCGCUCUUUAGCUCCUUCACCCGCCUGUUCCUCCCGUUUACUGCUUUUUAGGAAUGUAUGCUGGAAGCAAUCCUUCCUUCCCAAUACUUUACGAGGAUGUGGUUUAUUGGCAUUGUCCUCCUCUCCUCUGCAUAAGACGAUGGGACUGAAGACUUGAAACACCGCGGCCCGGGGCUAAUGAAUUCUUUACCGUGAGAUUUUAUCUCUCGUUUGCGCAUAUUGUUGCUAAUGCUAUUUCACCCUGAACUGUUUUUACAAGUCGACAAUAACUCCCAUAAUUUCCAGUAGGUGGCAGCAGUGUUCCACCGAACUCAGCCAUGCCCCCCAUUCACCUCCCGUUAGUCCACUAAUCCAGGAUUCGGAAGCCUUUAUGUACUUAACAAGUAUAGUUCUAACACGCCACCU